AUGCAUGCUUUUUCUGGAAAUAAAUAUUUGGAGAAAGAUACCCCGAGAACCUGUGACUCUGGAGGCUCAGAGGUGCUUAGCUGUGGAGACAGAUGCCUGGGAGGGAGCAGUGCAGGAUGGGGUGAGGGCACAAAUGUAGAGAGCUGCCUAGCACUGUGCUGGAGACCCAAUGGCAUCACAGGCAGAGAUGGGUGAGAAGGACCCAAUAGGGAAAAGUGAGAUCCAGAUCAAGGAUUCAGAGGUUUGCAGGGCCCUCCUGGGAAGUUGGGGCCCCCAGGAAACACAGGGGCUCCUGGAAUUCCAGGACCAAGGGGCCAAAAAGGAGAUCAUGGGGACAAUUCAGUUACUGAGGCUAAGCUGGCCAACUUAGAGAGACAGCUACAGAGCCUGAGAUCAGAACUGGACCACAUGAAGAAGCGUGAGCUUUUUUCUUUCUGGAAAAUGUCUGGGAAGAAGCUCUUCGUGACCAAUGGUGAGGGGAUGCCUUUCUCCAAAGUGAAGAAUCUAUGUGCUGGGCUCCAGGCCACAGUGGCUGCCCACAAGAAUGCCGAGGAGAAUAAGGCCAUCCAGGACGUGACCAAAGACAGUGCUUUCCUGGGCAUCACAGAUGAGGCCACCAAAGGCCAGUUCAUGUACGUGAUGGACGGGAGACUGACCUACAGCAACUGGAAGAAGGAUGAGCCACACGACCAUGGCUCAGGGGAGGACUAUGUGAUUCUCCUGAAGGAGAGGCUCUGGAAUGACAUCUCAUGCACGUCCUGCUUCCUGGCCAUCUGUGAGUUUCCCACCUGA